AAUUCAAAAUAAAAAACAAAAAAAAAAACAGCUGGAUUGCCUGGUAGUGACGUAACAAGUGUCGCUGAUAAAAACAAUUUCAAAUAACAAUAAUAAUAUAAAAAUCUUUAGAUUAAUAAAUACUAACAUAAAACUGCAUUAAACAUUUCCAACGAGUAACAACUUCAAGGCUAACCACUUGAAUUGAUAAAAGAUAACUAACUUAACAAAAAUAAAAUAUAUUUUCUUUAGGUUACACACCCACUGAAGUUUUUUUUAAUCAUAAAAAAUGAGUUUUAAAUUUGCAAGUAAUAUUAGUUUUAUGUUCACCGAGUGUCCAAGUAUAAUUUCAAGAUAUAAAUUAGCUAAAGAAUCAGGUUUUCAAUAUGUUGAAUCAGGAUUUCCAUUUGGUUAUUCUGUUGAACAAGUGUGCCAAGCAAAAGAAGCUGCUGGAGUUGAUCAAGUUCUUAUAAAUGUAUUCACAGGUGAUGUUACUAAACGUGAGCUAGGCUUUGCUGCAAUUCCUGGUAAAGAAGAAGAAUUUAAAAAUAGCAUUGAGCUAACAAUUAACUAUGCAAAAGCUCUGAAAUGUAAAAAAAUUCAUGUUAUGGCUGGAAUUGUUGAGACACCAACACCAGCAAAUGAUAAUGUUUAUGAAAAAAAUUUAAAAUAUACUGUUGACAGAUUUAAAGCUGAAGAUAUCAUUGGACUUAUUGAGCCUAUUAAUAGCUACUCUGUGCCAAAUUAUUAUCUAAAUUCUUAUGACAAAGCAAUUGAGAUUAUUAAAAAAAUAAAUAGCCCUCAUUUAAAGCUGAUGUUUGAUAUAUUUCAUCUUCAACAUAUCAAAGGAAACAUAACAAACACCAUCAAAGAAAAUUAUUCACUUCUUGGACAUGUUCAAAUUGCCCAAUGUCCAGGUAGAGGUGAACCAGAUACACCAGGUGAAUUAAAUUACAAAUACAUAUUUUCUGUUCUUGAUAACAUUGGCUACACUGGCUUCAUUGGUCUUGAAUACAAACCAAAUGAUACAACAACACAAGGCCUCAAAUGGAUCAAUAACUUUGGCUAUAAUUUAAACAAUUAAAAUUUCAUAUAUAUAUUUUUUUUUUCUUCAUUUAAUACAAACAAUUAUUUUCACAAAUUAAAUAUUCAAUAAACACUUGGAUAAAUUAUUAAUAUUAGUUAAAAAAAAAACAAACACACACACGUAAAUUUAUUUUAUUUUAGUAUGAAAAAUUAAAUAAACUAAAUGAUUGAUAAAUUUUUUUUUUUAAAUAUACAAUU